AUGACACUGUCCAGAAGAAGAAAUUAUUAUGUCUUCUUGUUUCCUUUAAAAGCAAAGAAACUCUUCUUAACAAGCCCUCCUGCACUCUUUUGCACGUCUCAUCAAACAGAAAUACAUCAUAGCCAAAGACUAAACUUAUCACUGGCAGCGAAAAUUGGGGACAUCAUGAUAGAAUCUACUCUGAAUGAAUACAAUCCAGUGGAGGAAAAUGGGCCUACAUAUAAUAAAGGUGGGGUUAAGCAGUGUACCCUGGCUCCCGGCUCGCGGGAGGCAAUCGUGCAGGUGACCUGCUGGGUUAGGUACCUCCGAGAGGAAGGGGGCACUCGCAGGGGAAGGUGCAGGGCCGUAGAGGGACCGGGGGACCCACGAGAAAGGAAUGGGGGCGAGGAGUGGAAACGAGGGAAAGAGCGGUGGUGGGAAGGGAGUGGACGGCGCGUGGCUGCUGCUGACUGCAGCCGGGGGGCCCCGGGCAGCGGUGGUGGGAAAGGGGGCUGGAGGGUCACGCCGGGCACGGGGCUGGCCGAAGUGUCCGAGGGAAGGAGGGGAGCGAGGAGCGCUCCGAGGCAGCGGGGACAAAGAGGACCGGAGAGGGAAGGGGGGCGCGGUGGGAAGAAGAGGGGCCCGGGAGAGGGGGAGGCCGCCGGGCGGGCGACGGGGCGGGUGAGCGCUGCGCGAGGCGCGGGGUGA